AGAGAGAGAGAGAGAGAGCAUGUCGCCUCCUGUAGCUGCAGCUCACUGUGGGAUCCGCUGUCGACCUUUCACUCUUUAGAAAUGCACGCGGGAAGCUUUUGGACCCGUUUACCUGCUGAGUGCGAGCUCGAGCCAUGGACACCGCCGCGCGCUUUAACACCGUGAAAUAACCCAAGUCACAACUGCCUCUCCUUCUUCUUCUUUGGUUUUGUUUUCAGGGCUGUCUGGUCCGGCCGGGGUUUGACACUGUUCAGCAACUUGGCAGGCGGGUCGCUGGUUGCGGCUGCGGCGCGGCGCGGGUGGGAAGGAGGGGAGGCGGACACCGUCAGAGCCGCUUGCGCUGAAAAAGUGGGGAACAAGUGUCAGAGAGCAGAGCAACAGAUGUUUUUCACGGAUAUGCGAGCGACCACGGAGGAAUGAGAGCUCCAGCGAGGCGCCGGCGGCCCUUCCAGCGGUUCUGCUGCUGCGGAGUCGGGCUGCUCGCGGUCAUUUGGCUCGCGCAGGUCAUCCAUGCACCAGAGACAGAAUCGUCUGGGUUUCAGCCAGGCAUGAAUGGAGGGCUGCUGCAUUCGACACGCAGGCUGCUGCAGGACGGGACGGACAACCAGACCCUGGGUCACCCCAGAGCAGCUAUCCAUGAGUUUCCACAGGACAUCUUUAACAAGGAGCAGAGGCAGAGGGGGGCUGUGUUUCUACAUGUGCUGUGUGCGGUCUAUAUGUUCUAUGCUCUGGCCAUCGUCUGUGACGACUACUUUGUCCCUUCCCUUGAAAAAAUAUCUGAGAACCUGCAGCUCAGUGAAGACGUGGCAGGGGCGACAUUCAUGGCUGCCGGGAGCUCGGCUCCAGAGCUUUUCACCUCUCUCAUUGGUGUUUUUGUCACCAAAGGAGAUGUCGGAGUCGGCACAAUUGUGGGCUCUGCUGUCUUCAACAUCCUUGUCAUCAUUGGCCUGAGUGGGAUCUUUGCAGGCCAGACUGUGGCUCUGACCUGGUGGUCCCUGUUCAGAGAUUCAACCUACUACAUCCUCGCAGUGCUCACGCUCAUCCUGGUCAUCUAUGAUGCCAGAGUUGUCUGGUGGGAAUCUCUGCUCCUCAUGUCCAUGUAUGGAAUCUACAUUCUAAUUAUGAAGUUCAACUCCCGCAUCCUGGGGUUUGUGACGCGUCAUUUCAGGGGCCCCGGGACGUGCUGCGACCGGUCCGAAGACCACAGGGAAGACAAGAUGGGAGAGGAGGCUGGUGCUUGUAAUACCUCCAUGGUGCUUCUCAACAAAGGUCAGGCUCACGGUCAGGAGCCACCACCAGUCAUGAUGGUGGACGAGCUCCUCAUCCUGAACCCCCACAAACUCUCCUUCUCUGAGGCCGGCCUGCGCAUUAUGAUCACCCCCCACUUCUCGCCGCGCACCAGGCUCUCCAUGGCCGGGCGCAUGGUCAUCAGUGAGAGACAGAGGUUGAUCCGCAGCCCGAAGAACCAGCUGGACGGCGAGGCCGGCCCGGGGUCGAGGGCGGGGGCGACCAGCAACAGUCUGAAGAGGGCCGGCUCUUGUGGUUUAGAGAAUGGGGGCGGCGUGGAGAGGCAUGCAGCCGGGAUAGGUGACGGAGAGAAGGGAGAGAGGGCCGUGGUCUGCCAGCCUGAGGAAGAGGAGGAGGAUGAAGAUGGGGUUUUUCAUCCCAUGCGCAUACCAGGUGGCUGCUGUGCGCGGGUGAAGUGGCUGAUCUCUUGGCCCCUGAGCCUCCUCCUCUACUGCACUGUGCCUAACUGUGUUCUGCCCCGCUGGCAGCGCUGGUUCAUGGUCACCUUUUUGAUCUCCACCCUGUGGAUCGCUUUCUUCUCCUACCUCAUGGUGUGGAUGGUCACCAUCAUCAGCUUCACACUCGACAUCCCAGACUACAUCAUGGGGAUAACGUUCCUGGCAGCUGGCACCAGCGUACCAGACUGCAUGGCAAGCCUCAUUGUAGCUCGACAAGGCAUGGGGGACAUGGCGGUGUCUAACUCCAUAGGCAGUAAUAUCUUUGACAUCCUGCUGGGUUUGGGUUUCCCCUGGGCUUUGCGCACCCUCGUGGUGGACCACGGAUCAUCAGUUUCCAUAAACAACAAAGGGCUGGUGUAUUCUGUCAUCCUGCUGCUGGCUUCUGUCUUCCUCACGGUGAUGAGCGUCCAUCUGAACCACUGGAGGCUGGACCGCCGGCUGGGCCUGGGCCUGCUGUUUCUCUAUGCCAUCUUCCUGCUCUGCUCCAUCCUCUUUGGGCAGAUGUGAGGCCUUAAAGGUCAAAGUAUCCAGCCUGCAGGGUCUUCCCGAGCACCUACCUUUCUGCCACACUUCCUCGUUCCUGAAACCAAAAGAAAAAAAAAAAAAAAAGAAAACAAGAAAAAAGAAGAGUGGCCGCGAUGUUGUGUCAGCAUGUGAGAGUCUCUGCGCACCACUGUAGGGUCUGCCGGGGUGAUGCUGUCCACAUGCAGCUACACAAAAACACCCUGAAGUCUUCAGCGGCGGCGCGCGUUUCUGUUCGUACAGUGCAGUGUUUUUCAAGCUUUCCCACGCAAGCCUUUCAGUAUUGGGUGAUAGAUAUGAAAUAGAGUGGCUUAUCCCAAAAAAAAAAAAUAAUAAUAAUAAAAUAAAUCAAUCCUGGCAUGGCAGAUGGAAGCCGCAUGUUGAUUCGGUGAACCUGGGACAUUCUAGGAAGGACAUUUGGCAGUAGUCUAACAGAAGUGGCUCAUCAUAUGAACAUGUAAACUCAUAAUUGUCUUAAAACAUGCAGGUGACAUUUCACUUUUUACCAGCACUAGAUUUUAUACCUCACAUGACAUAUUUGCAUCCCAGGAAGUGAGCAAAAGUCCUGGAUAGUGUAGGGUUAUAGCUUUCUGUUACUGCAGCUUUAUGAUUCAUCUUUUCCUCUAAGUAUGCUUGUUCAUUAUUAUUGUCAUUAUUAUUAUUUUUACUUAUGAGCACUUUAAUGAGAGCUCAAACAGUGAAGCAGGGGAAGUUUUGGACAAUACAGGAUAGCUUUUCCAGUAGAAAUAAUGACACAUCUCCACUGUUGAUACUGUAUAGAUCUUACAUCGUACUGUACUUUGCUGGCAACACCAAUCAAAUUGUUUAAAAAAAAAAAAAUGCUGGUUGAUCAGGUAUACAGCCAGCACACAGAUGUGACUUGCUGAAAGGGUUGAAACAUCCAAUCAAAAAAAAAAAAAAACACAGAAAAAUCGUCUUUGAAACAAGUGGGUGAGCAGGACUCCUGAAAAGAGGCUGAAAUAAAAGCCUGUCGUGGGAUAAAAGGGACGUCUGGUCACCCUCGAUAUCAGGCUCAAAGUAUCAAACUUACCUGAAAGUUGUAAGAAAUCAUAAGUCAAGAGAUGGUUUAAUGCCUCUUCUGCUCAGACACAUUGGAAUUAAAGUGCACAGCUCAUCAGACGAAACACAAAAAGCCCUCACACACGAGAGUAACUUCAGAAACGUCAUCAGACACGAGACAACUCCUAACACCAAACCAGCGGGGGUUGCAUUACAAAAAAAAAUAUCUUAUUGAAUACACUGCAACUAAUAAAACCCUGUGUCAGGGAAACCUUCGCUGCUGCUAAAACGGCUCAGAGAGAAUUUAAUGGCACAGUAGCACCUGCAUGACGGUGGCAGUUUGUCUUAUUUAAAGUGCUGGUGACACUUUUUUUUUGAAUGGUACCCCUUAAGAAGAAACUUUCAUCUGCCAUGCCAGGACCUGUUUUUCAAGAUAAGACACUCUUAAUAAAAAAAAAAAAAAAAAAAAAAAAAAAAAAAAAACACACACACACUAGCAGGUUAAUCUUAUUGUCUCUAGGCCUUAGGUUCCAGAAACCCUGUAUGUUUUGAAUGUACACCCUUAGCACAAUUUACCAGUUUGUGUGGAAAUAUUUACAUGCGUACAAAUGUAGCAGGAAGCACUGACUUACAGCAAAGGCCUUCUGAACAGACGGCGAGGUACGGCAGUCACAAGGAUAUCAAAAAACACACCGUGUAAGUGUCCUAAUACCGUGAGAGUAGGAACUAUUAACAUGAAAUGCACAUUAUUGUGACAAUAUUUUGACGAUUUUGCCUCACUACUUAUCAGCAAGUAUUGGUACAACUUCAUGUACGUAAAGAGAUUAACAUAGUGUUACAGUAUUUUUAGAGGUCUUACUACUAUGAGAUCUAAUAUAUAAUGUGCUUCUGAUAUCUAAUAUAUCUAAUAUAUAAUGUGUCACAAACUUUGAUAAUUUUUGAGUGCGGGUCUGUUGUGAUAGUCCACCACGUUUAGGUACGGCGGUAUGUUUGUAUGGUUUCUCGUACAUUUAAAGAGAUAUUCUGCUUUGGUGGAACAUUUUCACUUUUUUAGCGUACAACUCCAUCAGGAGGUCUACUGCAUUACCUGGUUUAUAUGUUGGUUGGAUGUGUGUGUGUGCGUGUGUGUAUUUAUGCUAUGGCAUGUGAUGCUGUUCUGUCCUUACAUUAAAAAAAAAAAAAAAAAAAGGACACAGUCACAUGUGACAUUCAUCUACUUUGACGUUUGUGUCAAAAAGACCAUUUUCAGAUUUCAGAGUCCCAGAGCUGCCGGCGUCCUUAAAUAAACUCCUGUAGAGCUACUGUAUGUGCACUAUAACACGAAAAUGUUCCACCACAGAGACAGAGUUUUUCUGAAUUGCUGUAUAAUUAUUAUUGUCUACGAGACAAGACUUUUUACUGUUUGUAAAUGUUGAAUAUUUUGCAUAGUUUUACAAAAAUGAAUGUCUGCCGGAGACUAGUUUUGUGGCGUUUUUGAUAUUUUUAAACCAUUGGUAAAGUUAGGGCGACUUGUGGAUAUAUGAUUUAAUGUAACAGCGAAUGCGUAUUUUUAUCAGUUUGUUCAGUGGAUUCAAUGAAAUGUGUAACCUCUGACUGGCACUCCAUGUUAUGAAAUCAACUCCAGUUAUGUCUUAAAUUAUUUUAGCACAAAAAAAAAAAAAAAAAAUCUCUUUUUUCACUGUUGAUUCACCCAGAUGCUAAACUUUUACAGCGUGCCUCAAACACAUUUGCAGGUGCUCACUUUGCUCGGGGUUAAAAGAAAAAAGUGGUGAAAGAAGGUGAUGAAUAUAAAAAUAAACUAACAGAAACACAGUUAAUACAGACCAGGCAAGAAGCAGCGGCAAUUAACAGAGAAGUUUAGGAAAAUAUAUUUUUUAAUGUGGAUCACCUGAUUUGAUAUUUAUUUGUCAUUUCAUUACUCAUGUUGCAAAAUUACAGUCAUUUAUCUGUUAGAUUCCAGUGGCAAGAUGUACUGAUAACUUUAAUCAUUUUGGGCUCAACUACCUAGGGGCAAAACAAACAAACAAACAAACAAACAAACAAACAAAAAAAAACAGAUCUUUUGGACACAGUCACACUUUGAGUCUAUUUUAUAUUUUCUCAAAUGUUAUUUCAGUCUUAAACCAGAGCCCUUCAAAACAUCACAGCUGAUUUUGAAGGUGUUUGUUCU